CCAAUUCACCUCGCCAGUAAUAAGUAUUAAUUCACUCUCGUUUCCGGUCCUGGAAAUAGCAAGCUAACCCAGUUAGGUAGAGUUAAUAAUAACGUAAGAGAAACUUUCACCUUUUUCACAUGCUAGUACUACUGUAAAACCUUCUAAUGUCCAAGAAGAGACUCUUUUUAUGUUUCAUCAUCAAAGCGUGGAAGUAUAGACUAUAGACAGAGAAUCGCCUUUAUGUGUUUCAUCUUCUUGUCUUCUAGUCUUCUUCUUCCAAAGAGUCUUCGUCUUCUACUCUUCUAGUCUUCUUCUUCUAAAGAAAUUAGACAGUCAUUAACUCAUAAUCGUUUAUUCGAUCACUGGUGAGGUGAGACGAAAUUGCUAUUGCUCGCUUGCUGUGAUCCUUGGAUUGGAGCACUUUUUCAGGUUACUUGUUAUAUAUUAACUUGAUAAGCCAAUGUCAGAGGAUAAUCAAGAAUCGGUUGAUGUUGAUGCCUCUGCAUCUCUUCCUUCAUCAUCAGCUCCUCGGUGGAAGCAUGAUGUGUUUUUGAGUUUCAGGGGUGCAGACACUCGCAAGGGAAUUGCAUUUGAAUUAUACGAUCGACUGCAAAACAGGAGAGGAAUCAAAACAUUCAUGGAUGACCAAGACCUUCAAGUAGGGGAUGUUAUUUCUCCCACUCUCCUAACGGCAAUUAAAGAAUCAAGGUUUGCAAUUAUUGUUCUCUCUAAAAACUAUGCCUCUUCCACUUGGUGUUUGGAGGAACUUAAAGCAUCUGUGAGUGCAUGGAAGAAGACAACAAUAGAAUUCUGCCACUUUUUUAUUAUGUGGAUCCUACUGAUGUACGAUAUCAGAAGAGGAGUUUCGGAGAUGCUUUCACUAAGCAUGAAAACUCUGGGCGACACAGAUCAGAGAAGGUGCAGCAGUGGAGAGAUUCUUUAAAAAAAGUGGCAAAUUUCUCUGGAUGGCAUAUACUGAAUCAUAAAUCUGAAAGAGAACUUUUGGAUGCCAUUGAGGAAUCUGUGUGCAAUAAAUUACGACCUACUGAACUUGAGUUUAAAUUGUCCAUCGGAGGUUUUGAAGCAUUUGCAGCAACAAAACAAGCCAUUGAUAAGGUCAUGAAUGCUCUAAAAGAUGAUGAGGCCACUACCAUUGGAGUCUACGGAAUGGGGGGCGUUGGAAAGACAGCAGUGGUGAAAUAUGUUGGAGCACAAGCCCAAAAAAGUAGGCUUUUUAAUCAAGUGAUUAUGGCUGUCGUAUCCCAAAACCCCGACUUGAUAAAAAUUCAAGAGACAUUUGCAGAACUGCUGGGCUUUAAAUUGGAGGAGAAGACAGAAAUUGGAAGAUCCAUUAAAUUGAAGGAGAAGAUAAUGAGAGGAACCGGGAUCCUCAUAAUCUUGGAUGACAUUUGGAAGAGAAUAGACUUUUCAAGCAUAGGAAUUCCAAGCCACAACGAACUUCAAAGAUGCAAUUCCAAAGUCCUACUGACCACCAGAAGAUUGACUGUUUGUCAGAUCAUGGAUAGCCAUGCAAAAAUUCAUCUCAAUAUCUUAUCAAAAGAAGAUUCUUGGAGCUUAUUUUUGAAGGAAGCAAGGAAAUCUUUUGACAAAUCUUCCAAUUUCUAUGUUGUAGCGAGUGAGGUGGCAAGAGAAUGCGCCGGUCUACCAGUUGCCUUGAUAGCAGUUGCGAGGGCCCUUCGAGAUGAAGGUUUGGACGGAUGGAAAGAAGCUGCUCGACGACUGAAAGCAUCUCAACCUCCCUUCCCUGAAGAUGAGGGAGAUGUUUUCAAAUGCAUAAAGUUGAGUUAUGAUUACUUGAAAUCUGAUGAUUCCAAAUCAUGCUUCUUGCUUUGCUGCCUGUUCCCAGAAGAUUAUGAUAUCCCAAUUGAAUACUUGUUCAAGUAUGGAAUUGGGAAAGGAAUGUUUCAAGAUUCAAACUUGCUACAGGCCCGAGCCACAACAUAUUUAGUGGUGAAGGCCCUUAAAGAUUCUAGUUUGCUUUUGGACGCUAGAAAUGACAGAUGUGUAAAGAUGCAUGAUGUCAUUCGGGAUAUGGCAAUCUCAAUUUUGUUAUCUGAAGGACAGCCGGUCUUGGUGAAAGCUGGCUGUGAAUUGAAGAAUUGGCCACCGAUUGAUGCACAUAAAGCCUACUCUGCAAUCUCACUAAUGGAGAACAAAAUUUGCAAGCUACCCCAAGAGUUGGUAUGUCCAAAUCUCCAGAUUUUAUUACUGCAACACAAUGCUUCAUUAAAUGAUAUCCCAAACUCUUUCUUCCAAUGUCAGAAAGAAUUAGGAGUCUUAGAUCUUAGCGGCACUGGUAUUUCAUUACUACCGCACUCAAUCAGUUUCCUAACCAACCUUCAAGCUUUGUAUUUAGAUUAUUGCAAGAACAUAAUUGACAUUUCUGUAAUCGGAAAACUUAACAAGCUUGAGAUUCUUAGUAUGAGAGAAAAUACUCAGAGGGAAUUGCCAAGGGAAAUAGGACGAUUGACCAAUCUAAGGAUGUUGGAUAUCAGUAGUGAUUCUAUACCCCAAUCCCCAUAUGGAUAUAAUCGCACAAUUCCAUCUAAAGUGAUAUCAAAGUUGCAUAAAUUAGAAGAACUGUACAUGCAAUGUGUAUUUUGGGACUGGGGGAGUAAAAUUGUUGGAGAUGGAGAAGAAACUAAUAUUGGCUUUGAUGAAUUGGCUGGUUUAUCAUAUUUAAGCAUUUUGAAAGUUUGCAUAUCUGAUGCAAAUUGCAUCCCUAAAACUGUUGAUGUCGAACCGAAUUGGGUUUACUUUGAUAUUAGAAUUUCCAGCAGACAUAUGAGGGACAGUGUGAACUUACAAUCUGGUCAUAAUUGUAGAACCUUAAGUCUUGAUAGCACUGACACAACCAUAGGAACCUUUCCGGACUGGUUUGUCAACGCUGCGGUAAAGAAUACUGAGAGGCUAUGUUAUGAAGAAUGCCGAGGGUUAAGUAACAUUCUUGUUGAAUAUGACCGUGGUAGGUUACAUGGACUGAAAGUUCUCUCUGUAAGAGGUUGCUGUGAGAACUUGAAAGAGUUGAUGAACGCAAAAACAUGCGUUUCUGAUAAGCCUGUGUUUGAGAACUUGGAAGAGUUGUAUUUGAAAGACAUGGAUGACCUGAAACAGUUAUGUGUUGGUGAGUUACCACCUGGAUCUCUCUGCAGUCUCAAAUUAUUGAAGGUCUGUAAGUGUCCUAACUUGGAGAAUGUGCUGUUGCCAUCAGAAUUGUUGCAGAAACUACCAAAUCUGGAAGAACUAUUCUGUGAGGCAAGUGGAGUGGAAUAUGUGUUUGGAUGUGAAGGAUUUGAGCCGGAUCAAACAAAUCUGAGAAAGAUGGAGUUGAUGGAUCUAGACGUAGUAAGAAGCAUAUGUAAUGGUCCUGCUCCAAGUGGAAUGUUCCAAGCUCUGAUGGAAUUGGUCAUUAUGUAUUGCAAUUUCCAGGGAAGCCUGUUCACAUUUGAUGUCUCUCAGUGUCUUUUUCAAUUGGAAACCCUUACUGUAUUCGAAUGCCCUGUCUUGGAAAGAGUAAUCGAAGCAAGGAGGGAAACAUUGAAGAACAAGAAGACCAUUCUUCCAAAACUGAAGAACUUAUGUUUGAUAGAUCUUCCAAUGUUGUACAAGGGAGGUGCUACUAUUGAUUUUGACUGUCCUUCAUUGGAAAACUUUUAUAUGGAGGAUUGCCCUCACUUGUCAUUUCCGUCCUCUGCUUCUGACUACUUCCACAGCAGGAACCAAGUCAAUGGUGAUAAGCCUAAAAACUGUAUCCCACUCCUCGAUAUAAAGUAUGUCAGCUGGGUCAUAAACUCUUCGAAAAGUGGAAAGAAGGCAACGAAAGUAUGCCGCGGAACUCCUCGACAUGGACAGACUGCUAGAGCACUUGCAAAACAGGCAAACGGAACUGAGGAUAAUGCUAGAAAAUCAAGACAGCCCGGGGGUGGAAGAGGUAGAGUGAGGGACUUCUUUGCUUCACACGGAGAGAGAGAGAGAGGGGGGGGAACGAGUUCUGGUUGGAAUUCAAACAGGGAACUGAAGCUUCCAGAAUCGACGACUCGCGCCAACCACUCCGGAUUUUUCCUCAGCCAUCUGAAUUUCGGGGAUUUCAUCGUUCUCGAACUUCCGGCGAAGCCCCCGCGCCACAGAAGCCGAAGAAAGAACCUACCGAUGAUGAAAAGAGGAUGAAAAUAGUGGCCGGAAGCUUGAUGAAAGUACUGAUCAGACCUGGUGGAGGUGGAUUCAACACCUGAAGAUGGUGAUCAGGGGAAUCAAAAUAUUAAAUUGGCUCAUGUAAUAGAAAGUAUUGAAGGGGUGUAGAUGGAGUCUCAUGGCAAGUCACUGAAGCUAUUGACUGCAGUUUCCCAGUCUACCCCAGUAACAGAGGCAUUUAAUCUAGCUGACGAUAUUUUACAACAAGGGGUGUUCAUGGUAUCUCCGAUAUAAUCACGAUUCCGGGGCUGGCAAAUGUCGACUUUGCUGAUGUAAGGGCUAUAAUGGUGAAUGCGGGUUCUUCAUUGAUGGGGAUAGGAACUGCAACUGGUAAUUUGUGAUUUACUAACUAGAAUGUUUACAGUGCUAAUAUGAUGUCAGAGUCAGAGGCUUCACUUAUGAUUUUGGACAUGAUUGUGGUGGAACCUAAUUACCAUAGUGCCUUCCAUGAUGGCAUCACUGUGGGUAACCUUGUGAAAGUUACUUUUAUGAAUGACAUCAAGAACUUCUCAGUUUAUUGGGUUAGUGUGUGAGGAGGAAGGUGAUCUAAUACCUGGUUUGUUAGAAUUUAAAUAUAUAGGUAUUUGUUCCUCAAAAAGGUACAGGAUACGGCCAUAAGCUUUGAGAAAUGUUUAUUUGAGAAUUUUUUUUACUGAGAAUGAUUUCUUAGUAUUGGAGAUGGUCUGAAUAUGUAGUUUUAGUUGCAUUCUCCAUGUCCUGUGAUUUGGAGUGUGCAUGGCAAUAAUUUUGAUACUAAAAUGACUGUGUCAUCAACAUAGAGAAUUCAAAUUCGUUGGUUGUAGCCAAUCCCAUCUUCUAGAUUUAUGCUUGUUAGUUGUGACUCUUGUUCAAUGCAGAAUUUUACAUCUUUUUUGUUUUGGAAAAAUUUUAAAAUGACUGAGAGUUCUGUGUGAAUUAGCUAUCAGCUGUGGGAUUCGCACAAAAUAUUUACUUUGAGGGUUAUAGCUUAUAAGGAUGAUGUGAAAUUUCUUUGGAUGCUUUUCAAGAUAUAACAUAUAUCUCCAUUUCUGCCUUCUAUAACAUGUUCACCAAGUUAUCUACGACUAUGAAUAGUUUUGUCAUGUGAUUGAGUUGUGGUGCAUUAGCAGUUCAUUUCAUCAGAGCCUAUUUCCUUGUGCGAGGAACAUCCAUCCCAUUUUUUUUUAUGUAAGCAGAUAACUGUCUGUUUUUUUUUUCCUUCCUCUUUGGGAAUAGGGAAGACAAGGGCAAGAGAUGCUGCUUUAAAUGCCAUUCAAUCAUCUUUAUUAGAUAUUGUUAUAGAGAGAUCUACUGGAAUUGUCUGGAACAUAACUGGUGGAACUGAUUUGACACGCUAUGAGGUAAAUGCUGCAGCAGAGGUUUUA